UUGCAGAUGGAAAACGGAAAUAGAGGAGAUAAUUUGUAAACAUUGGCAAUGUUAUGUUUCUAAACAUUUUAAAGUUAGAACCAAUAAUAAAAUUUUGAUGUAGACCUAGAUCUAGAUCACAGACAAGAUCAAUAUAAAUAAUAUACUGAUAUCAAGAUCUAUAGUCUAGUCAAUAAUCAAUAUAUUCAUAAGUACUUAGCGCACUGGUCCGUACUUUAUUUUCAACGGAACUUACUCAACUAGAUCUAGUAAUAGUACUUAUUAAGUAGGUCUAAUAGUAAUAGGCCUACUACUGCAUUUAUUAAAUGUUUGUAUAGAACUUAAACUUCUCUGCAAGUAAAGUGAAUCACUGAAUAGUGUGAAUACUGCUAGAGAUUCUAAUAAAUCUAACUGAAAAUGGAAGAACAGGAAAUCUUAACAACUUUAAAAAUAUUAAUAAUUGGAGAAAGUGGUGUUGGAAAAUCUAGUUUGUUGUUGCGGUUCACAGAAGACACUUUUGAUCCUGAACAAGCAGCUACUAUAGGUGUUGACUUUAAAGUGAAAACUUUAACAGUUGAUGGCAACAAGACCAAACUGGCUAUCUGGGACACAGCGGGUCAAGAGAGAUUCAGGACAUUGACCCCAAGCUAUUAUAGAGGUGCGCAGGGUGUUAUACUAGUGUAUGACGUCAGCUGUAAACAGACCUUCAGUAAACUUGAUGCCUGGCUCAAUGAACUGGAAACUUUUUCAACCAAACACGACAUGGUCAAGAUGCUCGUUGGAAAUAAGAUUGACAGGAGCCAGCAUGAAGUCAGUAAAGAGGAAGGUCUGAAGUUUGCCAGAAAGCACCACAUGUUGUUCAUUGAAGCAAGUGCUAAGACAAAUGAUGGGGUGCAAUGUGCAUUUGAAGAACUGGUUGAAAAGAUCAUUCAGACCCCAGGCCUGUGGGAGACAAGUGGCAAAGGUUUGAAACUUGACCAGAGGUCAGCGCCAGGAGCUACUGGCCAGAGCUGUUACUGCUAACUCAGAUGUGAUGACAUCUUUAGGGCCAAACAUGUGUCAUGUCAUGUCAUGUCAUCUAAUACUAGCAGAUGAGAAGCUGUUGUGUGUGUGGAGUAACAGCCCAAUGGCUAGUGAUGGCACCUAGUGUAUCAGUUAACUGUGGGCACCUAGUGUAUCAGUUAACUGUGGGCACCUAGUGUAUCAGUUAACUGUGGGCACCUAGUGUAUCAGUUAACUGUGGGCACCUAGUGUAUCAGUUAACUGUGGGCACCUAGUGUAUCAGUUAACUGUGGGCACCUAGUGUAUCAGUUAACUGUGGGCACCUAGUGUAUCAGUUAACUGUGGGCACCUAGUGUAUCAGUUAACUGUGGGCACCUAGUGUAUCAGUUAACUGUGGGCACCUAGUGUAUCAGUUAACUGUGGGCACCUAGUGUAUCAGUUAACUGUGGGCACCUAGUGUAUCAGUUAACUGUGGGCACCUAGUGUAUCAGUUAACUGUGGGCACCUAGUGUAUCAGUUAACUGUGGGCACCUAGUGUAUCAGUUAACUGUGGGCCCCUAGUGUAUCAGUUAACUGUGGGCACCUAGUGUAUCAGUUAACUGUGGGCACCUAGUGUAUCAGUUAACUGUGGGCACCUAGUGUAUCAGUUAACUGUGGGCACCUAGUGUAUCAGUUAACUGUGGGCACCUAGUGUAUCAGUUAACUGUGGGCACCUAGUGUAUCAGUUAACUGUGGGCACCUAGUGUAUCAGUUAA